GUCCCAGGGUGCUCCGCGCGGCAAGAGGCACAGGAGCAAGAUGGCGGCGGAGCGGCAGGUGGCUGGAGGGGGCAGCGGCGGCCGAGGCGCUCCCGGAGGCAAUGCUAGCGGCGGGGGCUCCGCGUCGGGCCCGGAGGAGAGCAAGGAGAACAAGGAGAACGAGAAGCCGAAGCCGGGCGCUCUGGGAGACAGCCUGGGUCUGGAGAUCCUACAGAUUGUUAAAGAAUCACAACAACAACAUGGGUUACGUCAUGGUGAUUUUCAGAGAUACAGGGGUUAUUGUUCCAGACGACUAAGAAGACUCAGAAAAACCCUUAACUUCAAGAUGGGGAAUAGGCAUAAAUUCACAGGGAAGAAAGUAACAGAAGAACUGUUAUCUGACAACAGAUACCUGCUCUUGAUUCUCAUGGAUGCGGAAAGGGCCUGGAGCUAUGCUAUGCAGCUUAAGCAAGAAGCCAACACAGAACCCCGCAAACGAUUUCACCUGUUGUCUCGCCUGCGCAAAGCCGUAAAACAUGCUGAAGAACUGGAGCGACUGUGCGAAAGCAACCGGGUAGAUGCCAAGACCAAACUGGAAGCUCAGGCAUACACAGCUUAUCUUACAGGUAUGCUCCGUUUUGAGCGGCAAGAGUGGAAGGCAGCAAUGGAGGCUUUUAACAAGUGCAAAACCAUAUAUGAAAAAUUGGCAAGUGCUUUUACAGAAGAGCAGGCAAUAUUAUACAAUCAGCGAGUGGAAGAGAUCUCUCCAAAUAUUCGUUACUGUGCUUAUAAUAUUGGUGACCAAUCUGCUAUUAGUGAGCUGAUGCAGAUGAGACUGAGAUCUGGAGGCACCGAAGGGCUUAUUGCUGAAAAACUGGAGGCAUUAAUCACCCAAACUAGAGCAAAGCAGGCAGCUACAAUGAGUGAAGUGGAAUGGAGGGGAAGGACUGUGCCGGUCAAGAUAGACAAAGUGAGGAUCUUCCUACUGGGACUGGCAGAUACUGAAGCAGCCAUUGCUCAGACAGAAGAAGAAGAAACAAAAGAACGUUUGUUUGAGUCCCUACUGAGUGAGUGUCGGGAUGCAAUACAAGCUGUACGUGAAGAACUGAAACCAGAUCAGAAGCAACGUGAUCACUCUUUGGAAGCAGAUUCAGGGAAAGUCACUAACAUCCAGUACUUGCACAGUUACCUGACCUAUAUCAAGUUGUCUACAGCAAUCAAGCGCAAUGAGAGCAUGGCCAAAGCUUUGCAGAAGGCAUUGCUUCAGCAGCAGCAGCCACUGGAGGAAGAAGGCAAGCGCACCCCUCGACCUCAGGAUCUGAUACGUCUCUAUGACAUCAUUUUGCAGAAUCUGGCAGAAUUGCCACAACUUCCUGGCCUAGAAGAAGACAAAAGCUUCCUAAAGGAGAUUGGGAUAAAGACACUUGUGUAUAAGGCUUACAGGUGCUUUUUCAUUGCACAAUCAUAUGUUCUGGUGAAGAAGUGGAGUGAAGCCCUUGUUUUGUAUGAACGUGUUUUGAAAUAUGCCAAUGAAGUCCAGAUCCAAGCCGGAACCUAUGAAAACAGCUUAAAGGAACUGCCUGAUGUUCAAGAGCUGAUCACCCAAGUGAAUGCAGAGAAAUACUCCUUGCAAGCAGCUGCCAUAUUAGAUGCAGAUGACAGUCAUGAGACUGAGUCCCCAUCCCAAGUCAAAGAUGGCAAGCCACUUUCUGAACGAUUUGAGACAUUCUGCCUGGACCCUUCCCUGGUCAGCAAGCAAGCCCGCCUUGUGCAUUUCCCUCCAGAUUUCCAGCCCAUACCUUGCAAGCCUUUGUUCUUUGACCUGGCCCUCAAUCACGUCACUCUCCCACCCCUGGAAGACAAGGUGGAACAGAAGUCAAAGAGUGGUCUUACAGGAUAUAUCAAGGGCAUCUUUGGAUUCCGGAGUUAACCAGGGUCACCUCUCAAAGAAUGCUUAAUCUUCCUGUAUUUUGGGGAAAACCUCCAGCAUAUUCAGGGUUUAGCUCACCUGUGUUUAAAAAUCCACAUGGGGGUUUUUCAGCAUUUUUCUAGUAUUCUGUCUCUGUCUACCUGGUUUAUUUGGAGCAUUUCACUCUGAGAACUUAUGUAAUGUCUGUUUCCAACAUCUCAACUUUAUGGAGUGAACUUGAAGCCUCAAACCACUUCUACACAACGGCUCAGACAGGAACAAGAUUAAUUUUUAUCAAAGCUAGGUAUAUUUACAUUUUAUUUCAUAGCCAAUGCUAUCCAUAUAAUUUUUUGAAAACUAGUGCACUCUGAACCGUACAGAGCAGAGGGAAACCAAAGGCACAAUUCUGUUUCUGGUCUGGGUUGGAUUGCCUAAGAAGAAGAGCUGAGCAAAUUAUUGUGCUGCUUCUGCAUUUGGGUUUUAUUUACAGCCAUUUAUUAUUUUUCUUGUAGUUUUAGUUCCAGAAGCUGCAGAGCUCUGAAAUGCUUGCAUUAAAUAUCAAGGUUGAUAGAUGAUGAUUAAAAUCCUUAAAGUAGAUUGUAUAGAAAUACAUGUUAAAGCCUAUGAUAUAAUAUUUCUUCGCUGAGGCUGUACUUCUCAUAACAACAGAAUGUUUCUCAGAGGCCUUCUGAACAUAAAAAACAUAAAAAAGCCUUUGGAUUAAAAAAGAACACACAACUUGUGGUUACACUUUGCAGAACUCCUUACAUGUUUUCCUUUCCCUCUUCAACUUAGAUGGAAUUGUUAAAUCAAAAGGGGCUUUUUUGCUACGUACUGAGUUUGUUCCUUCCUUUCCAUUUGGUUAUUUUGGGGAUUCUCUUGUCAUAAAGAAUCAGCCAAUUAAGACACUGAAAUCUUAAGCAAUAAAGAUCUUAGCCAUGUGUUCAUGGGCAAAUCUUCCAUGAGAGCAUUUAACUGUGCUAUGAAAGUCCAAGUAUCUUCAUGUGGAUAUCUACAUCUAUGUGAAAAAUUGUACACAGAAUUUUUCCAUUAGCUGUUUAAUCUAGUUUGACUGAAAUAUUUAGUUUAAAUUCAUUUAAAGUUUAAUCUAGUUCAUUCUUAUCAUACUGCACUCCAGUUUUCUUCUGUUUCUUGGUAUUGUUGGGAAACAGUAUUAAAGCUGGAUUCUUCAGUUAAAAAAAGUAUUCCACCAAUGCUUCUCGGUUAGCUUUGUGAUAGCAAACUGCAAAAAACGGUAAUUUUCAGAUUAAAUAAAAAUUGGGUUAAUUGCAUCAUUUAUUGGAUUUAACUUGUAUAUAAAAACAACCCCUUUCCAUAGAUGUCUUGUCUGUUUUAAAAUAUGUAUAUGAAAUGACAUUUCUAAACUCUGUGGGAAGAAAUUUCACAGAAAAAAUAUUGUGGAAGAAAUGGAAGUAAAUAAUAUUUUUUGGAUUUUAUCAAGUGAUAAAUUUCAGACAGAGAUGAAGUCUCCUUAACCAGUGAUUGAUCAGGUCUGUCGAAAGACACACAGAAGCAACAUAUUAGUACAGUAACUACAGCCCAGUCUCUUUCUAGUACUGUGCCUAUUUCUGUUUUUUGUUGAUUGUCUUUUACUUCAGAUUCCCUGGUCUUCCUGUAUUCAGAUCUGCAUUGGAUUUGAGAAUUAUGUUCCUCUUAUAGUAACAAACUAACUACAUUUUGUUUUACCUUUCAGCCCAGGCUUGUGGGCAACUGGGUACAUUCCAGUUUUUGUCUUUGUUUGCUGUCACAGAUGGUUAAAACUUCCUUUGUUAAUGAAAUUGUGGCACAAAAAUAUUAGUUUCUCAUAAAAUAAAUCCUGAAACAAUAAAGACGCAUUACUGCUUUCUGAA